AUGAUUAAUUGUUCGACAACGCCUACCACCUGUCAGUUGAAUCUUGUUAAUAUUCAUCGAUGGGAUAAUGGCAUCUAUGAAUGCAUAGCAAUGAAUAGUGUGGGAACGAUCGGACGUUUCUAUGAAGUCGAUGUUCAAUUCCCGCCGUAUGUUCAUAGUUCAAGGGAAGAAGUUCGUCAUUCGGUUGGAGAUGCAGUAGUGAUUGAAUGUAUGGUCGAUGCCAAUCCCGAACCGGAUAUUCGAUGGCUGCAUCGAUAUUCAAAUGAGACGAAACAAGAAAUUGACUUAUCUCGACAAUAUUCGCAGGAAAAAUUAGAUAAAAAACGAGAAGAUAGAAUCUGGUUUAUUAAACACGAACAGUUAAAUGCGACAAGAUGGAAAACAAGUCUUUUUAUUCAACGUAUCCCAAAGCGUCUAUUUAACUCAAAUUUUAUUUGUCGUGCAAUAAAUCGUUAUGGUCAAGGUGAACAGAUAAUAACCAUGCUGGAAAGUCAUCAUUUUACCAAGAAACAUCGACAUACAAGUACCACGUCAGUAUACAGUUCAUCGUUAUCUUCUGUUUCGACAACGACAGAUGAAUUCUUAUCCGAAAAGCUCGAUGAAAUGGCGAACCGAUCGACGAGACACUCUUUUACCAUAUUUAUUUUCGGAUGUUCAGCAUUUUUAUCCUGUUUGUAUAAACAAUAA